CUGUCGCCGCCGCCGUCCAAGUCCUCAUCGUUUCUUCUACGACUUCCUUCCUGCAACCUCGCAGUCUUUCCGACUCGUACCAAUGGACGGCCCAGGCACGGUUACAUGGGAGGAAUUCCUCGAGAAUGCAGAAAGGUUUCUUGUUGUUUCAGACAAGAUAUCGGACGGAUGGGAGUUCCACGGGGACAAGGAUCUUCCUGGACAAGCUUAUCUAGUUAGAAGAGCCAAGUGCUUCGUUCCAAGCGACACGAUCGCAAGAAAGGACUGCUCGACCGACGACGAGAACGAUACCGAGGAGUUCCACGUGAGAUUUCGACAAGAUCCGCACGAGGCUGUUUCCACAAGUGAAACGCCUUUUAUCAUCGAGCAUCACGUUCUGUGGUCUAUUAGCUAUAGCGUCCCAGUUCUCUUCUUCAAUGGCUGGAAAUCAGAUUUCCCCGGGAUUAACCCAGUAAGCGUAAAUGAGGCUCAAACGGUCCAUGGUUACAAAUUAAAUUACACGGAAUUAUCGCAAGCGAUUCAUCCUAUCGUUGGCACGCCAUUCCUGCAAUUACAUCCGUGUCUGUCCCAAGGGUUGUUGCGGACCAUGUCAAAGAGCAAAAAUAAACUCGUCAGCUGGCUGAGCUGCGUGGCAUCCACGGCCCUAAAUCUCAAAAUACAUCCGGAGUAUUUCAAAUUGACUCACUGAAGCCCAAGCCGAACAUUCGAAGGAACAAUUCAACGGAAACUGCUCUCUAGAAUAUUUUAGAUCUUGUAAACCAGUGAUGUGCAAUCAGUAUUCUUAAUUUUCCAAAAAAGUAAAAUUAACAGAAAAAAAUCUGAUUUAUUUCAUGUGCAUAAAAUAGAGAAAAUGAUUUUAUGUUUUUGAUUUCCGUACAACGUAUUUUAUCCAAGAGAUAUCCUGGGAUGUUCAGAGGGAUGUUCUCUGGACAUAUCUUGGAGAUCUGUGCUAUAUCGGCGUGUCGCAAAAAAUUCACAUACGGGCCACAUGCAAGCCACAAGUUGCGCAUCACUGCUGUAUAACUAUUUCUGCGAGCAUUGUUCUUUGCAUUCCAACUUUACUGAAAGAGGGAAAAUACAAGUCAAGGUCUGUUUUCUGUAGCUGAACUAGUACUACACUUUUAGAACUUAAAAUAAAAUAGAUACAUAUGUUUGGUAUUUAACGAAAGUGAAAAACAAUGUUCUAGUGCACUCUAUACAAAACAGACCUAUAUUUUAUUUUUGUAAGCCCGUCGUUUAAUUGACCGAUAACUCAUACGUCAAAGAGACUUUCCUGGAAGUACCUAAGCAUGUUUCAAGAGAUCACCCUGCAUGCAGGAGCGUCUCCGCUCGAUUGGGCGCGAAUAAUUCUAGUCACGAAUAUUCGAUGGUGACGACGAUUCGAGUGGAAUCCGUUCGCGGUCGUCGACAACGGCAUGGCGGAUCUAGCGUUGACCCAUGGUGGGCCGAGCAAAUUGCUCGCAAUUGGGCGGCAUUUCGAGUGCGCGCUCGAGGGGGGAAGCGGAGGGCAAAAAAGGUUGGAGCGUGGAAAAGAGAGCACGCAAUUAAUGCGACCGCGCGCGCGCGGCAAUUAGUCCGUACAAGGACGCAUUUGCGUGCGGCCCCGGGAAUAUUCGUUCACGACGAAUGCGCAGUUUUCGUAUGCGCGCAAGUACGUACAGUCGGCUGCGUUAACGAUAUCCGGUACAGGGCGGUUAACGCCACUUCUCGCCAAUUUUCUUUACGCUGUUCGCGAACGCGGGCAAUGAUCAUCGAACCGUACAAUUAAUUGCAUAAACGAAAUGUAAAUCUGAAGUAUGAGGAGAAGUCCAAAUGUAAAAAAAAUAAGAGACUGAAGAUGUUACUGAUGACACCGUUAACACUGUUAAUACUAGAGAAGUAGGUAUCCCAAGCAGAACAAUAAGUCACGGUAAUUUCAA